UAAUCAAUGACACACACACACACACACACACACACACACACCCCGCGCGCCUCUUGUGAAAGGAGAGGAGAAGUGUCACCGCGGUAGUGUGCGCGCGGACAGGUAUUUGAAGGCGAGUUAAAAGGCGCGCGCGCUUCACUCGGAGACACUUACCUGGUUCCGUUACUCCGUUAGAGCGCGAGCGAAGGCAUGGCAGCGGCGACGGCGCAGGCGAUGGCCAACCUGCCGAGCGGCCUUGGGAUCUGCACCACCGCGCCGGAGAUCUUCUACCUGCCCGAACUGAUAUUCGGUGGCUUGGUGUGGAUCCUGGUGGCUUCAACUCAUGUACAACCGGAGAACCCUCAGGGUUGGGUGAUGUUCGUCUCCGUGUUCUGUUUUGUCAUGACCUUCCUGUGGCUCAUCAUAUUUGCCUGUGGAGCUCACAAGAACAAAGGAGGCUGGGCUACUGCAGACUUUGUGUAUCACCUCCUGGCAGCUCUGUUCUAUCUCAGCGCCUCGGUUCCUCUCGCCAACAUCACACUCAACAUGAAGAACAGCACCGUCGUCUCUCCAGUGGACAGAUUCAGAUAUUACCAAAUCGAUAUCGCAGCAGUGGUUUUCUCCUACACCGCCACGCUGUUUUACUUCAUUCACUGCAUCCUGUCUGCCAUCAGAUGGAAAUCCUUCUGAACAAACGAUGGACCAUGAGAGGAGAGUUCACACUCCAUCACUGCCCAGAUCCGAUCGUUUCAUUACAAUGAUUUUACAAAAUUCUAAUCAAAUCUGAUCGUUUAACUUUAAUCAUUACUGUUUUUGAG